AUGUCCAUUGACGAAGAAGAAGAUUUUACAAUUCUUCCAAAUUUUCUGAAUGAUAAUUCAUCAUUAAAGAAAAAAAAAGAUCUAUAUCGUUUACCAGAAUGGAUGUCAUCAUUAGCAAAACGUUUUGAUAGUGGACAAAUCCAAGCAGAAACAACUAUUCCUAUUGAUCAAAUUGAUUAUCUUGAUGAAGAUCUUCGUUCAAUAUUAAUCAAUGAUCUUUCUAUUCAACAUCUAUUUCCAGUACAAUCUCAAGUUAUACCUUAUUUAAUCAAACAAAAUCUUUCACAUUCACCUAUUCCACCAGCUGAUAUUUGUGUUUCAUCACCAACUGGUAGUGGAAAAACUUUAACAUAUGUUAUACCACUUAUUCAAUGUAUUCGUCAUCGUGUUACAUGUGCUAUUCGUAUUGUUAUUCUUUUACCUGUUCAAGAUUUAGCUGAACAAGUUUAUCAUGUUAUUAAUCAAAUAGGAAAUAAAUUACAAUUAAAAACAGCAUUACUUGCUGGACAACAUUCAUUUGAAGAUGAACAAAAAGUUUUAGUUAAACAACAAUUAAAUGGAAAUUGGACAUCAUCUAUUGAUAUUAUUGUUUGUACACCUGGUCGUCUUGUUGAACAUAUCAGUCGAACAAUAGGUUUUUCUUUAAAACAUCUUCGUUAUCUUGUUAUUGAUGAAGCCGAUCGUAUUAUUGAUGAAUUUAAACAAGAUUGGUUGAAUAUUCUUGAUAAUGCUGUUGGUAUAUCAAGUCAAAUAAAAAAUGAUUUUCAACCAUAUAUGCUUAGUCAAUUAUCAUCGAAUCAUAAAUUUUAUCAAAAAUUACUUUUUUCAGCAACAUUAACUCAUAAUCCGGAAAUUUUACAACAAUUAAAUCUUUUUCAUCCAAUACUAUUCUCAUCAUUAUCAACAACAUCAUCAAUAAUAAUGCCUUCGACAUUACGCGAAAAUUUUGUUGUUUGUUCAAUAACAUAUAAACCAUUAAUUGUUGCUUAUCUUAUAAAAAAUCAAUUACAUUCAGAAAAAAUUAUGAUUUUUGUUCAUUCAAAAAAAGAUGUUGAUCGUUUAAGUUCAUUACUUAAAUUAAUUUUACAAGAUAAAAUUCAAGUUAGUCAUAUAACAAGAAAUUUAGCAUCUAAUAAAAUUCAAACACGUUUAAAUAUGUUUCAAAAUGGACAAAUACAAAUUCUUGUUUGUUCCGAUGUACUUGCACGUGGUAUUGAUAUUCCGAAUAUUGAUUGUGUUAUUCUUUAUGAUCUACCAAAAAAUAUUCGUACAUAUACACAUCGUAUUGGUCGAACAGCUCGUGCUGGAAAAAUUGGUCGAUCAAUAACAAUAGUGGAAAAAGAACGUUUACAAAUGUUUCGGUCAACAAUAAAAUCUCAUCGACGAAAUAAACUUAAAUAUAUGGAUAUUAAAAAAGAAGAUUUUUCAUCGAUGUUAACUGAUUAUCAAAAUGCUUUAGAAUUAUUUUCUAAUGCAACAAGCUCAUAUGACCCAUGCUCUGGCUGCAAAAUUCCAUGUGAAUUCCAUGCUAUUGUUCAACCUGAAAUUUUGAAAGAUAUUGAUCAAGGUAAAAUGAUUGGCUCUGUUGAUAAACAUCGUCGUCAUUUAUGUAUUGGUCAAUCUAUACCAACAUCACAAUGGCCAAAAGAUGUUAAAGAUUUAGAAGGUAAUUAUAUUGCUGAAUUAUCACGAGUAUUGAAAGAAAAAAAAGAAUCUAUUGGCUAUGCGGUUAAAUUAACAUCUGCAUCUAUUGUUACAACAACAACAACAGAUGAUCCAGCGCAUACAGCUGAUUGGUAUUUAUUUCCUGAUCAAAUUAAAAUAAAAAAUGUCAAUAUCCAACAGAUUGAACAAGUUAUUCAAACAUUAUUUGUUGAUGAUCAGUCAGUUAUUAAAAUUAAAGAUAAAACAAAAACGAUUGAUGAACAAUUAAAAGAAAGUAAUAAUUUACCAACAUUCGAUGAUAAUAUUCAUUGCGAAAGAUUACAUGGAACUUGGCUACUUGUCUGUUGUCAUUAUCAACGUGAUAUACGAUGUGGAGUUAUUGGUCCAACGUUAGUUGGUGAAAUUGAAAAAUAUGUUGCAGACAAAAAAGAUCUUAGUGAUAAUGUUCAUUGCCUAAAGAUUAGUCAUAUUGGUGGGCAUAAAUUUGCUGGUAAUGUUAUUGUUUAUCCAUCAGGUACAUGGUAUGGUCGUAUUACGCCAUGUCAUAUUCCAUUAUUAAUUGAUGCAUAUGCAUCAUCAGAAGAAGAAGCGAAAACAAAAUUACAACCUCUUUUUCGUGGUCAUCUAGAUACUACAUGGUAA